AUGUCUUUUAAGAUCAACUCACUCCUCAAUCCCGAGGGAUCAAUCAACCAAGAGGCCGAGGUCCGCAAGAUCCUCAGUAAAGCAUAUGCCGACUGCGACAGGACGCUACCCAAACAAGAUCCCAAGGAGGGCGCACUGGCAUACUUUAGCGAUGUCCUCAUCCACAUCACCGAAGUCUUGUACAAGAACUUUACCGACGAGCUCCUGGACGAGGAACGCCUGAAUUCGACGGGCCACAACAUUGUUGAUCAGGCGUAUCGUGCGAAUGGGUUUAAUGACAUGGGCAUCCUUGAGUUCCAUACCAGGAAGCGCAAAAUGCUCAGGAGCAUGAAGGAGACGGUCGACUCCAACACAGCCAGCCUUAAGAACAUUAGGGAGUGCGCUUCUCCCGUUCACGAGAAGCACCCUUCAGAGCCCGGCCAGCAGACCUUCUUCUCGGAAUCGAGCUCCAGGUCGUCCUUUUCCUAUUCGGCGUCAUCGUCUGGUGCGGUUUUCUCCGCAGUCGGAUCACAAGCGUCUGUUUCGGAUGGCUCGCAUACAUACCGCCAGUCUGACCGGUACCGUCGGUCGUCCACCCCCGCUUCUCCGCAAGAAGAUGACGACGGCAAUGAGGAUAUCGACGACGACGACACCAUGAUGGGCGACGAUAGCGUAGAUGGCCCAAGAAUGGGCACCAACGUAGACAUGGACUCUUUGAGGCACAGAGGAAAGGGUCACUACAUCUGCCCCCAUUGGCAGACGUGUCAAAAGGGAGGCCAAGACCACAAGGGGGGGCCCAAGAUCUUCUACCGCAACUGCAUGUACAGGUAA